UGGUGGAAGUGGUGGCUUCCAUCUAGGGCUGUCAAUGGGCCGGACUCAGUCCUGCAAAAAACAAAAUUUUGUAUAGGCCCGGCCCGAAACAGUUCAAAAUCCGGGCCAAGGACAACCCCCAGCCCAGCCCGUUGACAGCAGUCCGAUCAGUGUAUUGGCGUGGAUUCUGAAACUGAAGCAGUUAUGGCAAUUGCAGUGAGAAGAGUGAUGGCUUCUUCCAUGAAGGCCUUCCAUUUCCUCCAGAAGCAAGAGCAACAUACAUCUUAUGGACCUCUUCAGAAUAUGUUUCAAUGCUCUUUUGAUCAGUUUAGGUCGAGGUCCAGCGCCGCCAAUCCUGAGGUGGGUACUGCUUCAGGUCCUGAGUUCGAGAAGUGGCCUAAUGGGGGUGGCUUUUUCCACAAAUCAUCUUGUGUGGAUACAACUGCAGUCAUAGAAAUUGGUGCAAUAGUUCAUUCAAAAACUGUACUUGGUGCAAAUGUUCAUCUUGGAUCAGGAACUGUUGUUGGGCCUUCCGUUAUCAUUGGGCAGUCAACCAAAAUUGGGUAUAAGGUCACACUUAGCAAUUGCUCUGUGGGAGAUUCAUGUGUUAUCCACAACGGUGUAUGCAUCGGCCAAGAUGGAUUUGGAUUUUUUGUGGACGAGCAAGGGAGCAUAAUAAAGAAGCCUCAAAUGUUGUAUGUAAGGAUAGGGAAUCAUGUGGAGAUAGGUGCUAAUACAUGUAUUGAUAGGGGAAGUUGGAGAGAUACAGCUAUUGGGGAUCACUCCAAGAUAGAUAACUUAGUUCAGAUAGGUCACAAUGUAGUAAUUGGACAGAAUUGCAUGCUCUGUGGGCAAGUAGGGAUUGCAGGUUCUGUGACGAUGGGAGAUUAUGUCACUUUAGGAGGAAAGGUAGCGGUACGAGAUCAUGUUUCUAUUGCAUCAAAGGUCAGACUUGCAGCUACCAGCUGUGUCACAAAGGACAUUACAAAAUCGGGUGACUAUGGUGGUUUUCCUGCGGUUCCGAUCCACGAAUGGCGCAGGCAAGUUGCAAGCAUGCGCAGAAUUUCUAAGGCACCACCUCACAGUUAGUAUGUAUUCAUUUAGGCCUUCAUGAAUUCAUGGGUUUCUCUGGCGAUGUGUGGGCAUGCGUGGUGCAUGCAGAAAACGCUGUUUCUCAAUCUGGAGGCAUCUGGUUUUUGGUUUGGAGUGAUGCAGCAGCCAUUACUGCAUGAAUGCAUCAUGUUUAUAAAUAUCCAAUUAUCCAUGGCUGCAAAUGUUGUUUAGAUGGUGAAGCUGGGAGGAAUUCUGAUGUUAGCAAACCAGUUUCUGGCCUGAAAAUGGAAGUUUGACAUUAAAAUCCUAAUUAGAGGAUGGAUGGUUCCCAGUGUUAGUUUUUACAUUUGCCGUAAAUCCUAAUUAGAGGCACAAAUGCAUCAGGUAAGCCCCAUUGGUUGGUUUUACCCCACCGGAUAAUCAACAGCUUUGAUUUUAGAUUUGGAUUUGUUGGGUUGGUUUGUAUUUAAGACGCUGCCAUGGUUAUUAAGCAGGUUUGGUCUGGAGCUUCUCUAAACAAAUCAUCUCAGAUUUAUUUUUUUGGUAUCUCUUACUUGAAUUUUUAAUGGUCGUGUAUGGAAAUGGCCUGACCUAACACACCCUGUUGGGUGAAUACGGUUCUUUUGUAUGUUACAUACAUUAAUUCACAAUUGAUACUACCUUUGUGACGCCUGCAA